GAGACACAGAAUCUGAAGCAGGCUCCAGGCUCUGGGCUGUCAGUACAGAGCCUGCUGCAGGGCUCAAACUCACGAACCAUGAAAUCAUGACCUGAGCCAUGCUGGACGCCCAACCAGCUGAGCCACCCAGGUGCCCUGAAGAAGACAUUUUGAAAUAAGGUUUUUGAUUUCAUCCUUCCUCAGUUGUGAUAAAAAACAUAAAUUAUUUCUCAAAAAUAAUGACUAUUUUCAAUGUAAAGACAAACUUCUAUCAGAAAAAUCCCUAACCCUCAACUUUAUUUUGCCUUUGAAUGCAAAUUCCAAAUAAAUUCUUGUAAGAUCUUCCUUUAACUUAAGCACAUGUUUAGACUGUGAGUACUAUUAGUAUUAUAAUUGAUUUUAUACCUUUUGAAUAUAUCUGGAACACACGAUUGGGGUGAAUCAGUACUUUUAGUUAUGAAAAGUUAAAACAUGAACUAAAGAGAACUCUGAAUUUUGUUUCAAUGAAGGUGAGAUAUUUUCAAAGAGGAGAAAAUCCAACUGCAAAUAAGUUUAGUUUAUUCCAUAUGCACAACAGGUAAGUUUUAGGAAAGGAAUGAUUAAACUCAAACUAAACAUAUUUGAACUUCAUUCUUUUGAAAAAAAUAAUGAUAUUUUGUAUUGCAAUAACUACUGAAGUAUGAAUUUAUCUUGUAGAUGUACAAUAAAACUAAAUACAGAAAUCUUACUGUUUAAGAUUAGACCAAAAUCCUUUAAAGUUUAUUUUAUCCUACAAAGUAAUGUCUUUCCCUUUAUUUCUUAAAAUAUUGUUAGUUAGAGUAAACAAUUAAAAGGAUACUCAGUGAUAGGUAUUUCCUAGUUUGUUUCUUUUCAAAAAAAUUAUUGAAAUAAACUAAAAAAAUAUGGGUUUCAGGCAAUAUCUAUUUCUUGAAAUCUUUAGAAUUAGUUCUCACUUAUCUGUUAAGACUUAGAUAUGCUUCUGUCCUUUUAAAUGAUACUUCUAAUUUCCUAACAGUCCAGUAGAGGAUGUGAUGACUUUUAAAUUCCUCCAAAGGAAAACGUACUAGAGAAGAAAAAAAUCUGCUGCUCGGUUGCUUGGGUUUCAAGACUGGAGAAUAGUGGAAAUCUAACAUAGUUUCUCAAUGACCUACUAUAGAGAUAUUCGCACUUAUGCUCUUCAGGUAGAUGUUAAAAAAAUAAAUAAACAAAGAGAUGGGCUACAAGAACAUGAUGACGAAAGAUGCUCUCUCUUUGCCACAUCUACUACAAGAAUAAAGACGAUUCUCAGCAAUCAGACUGUCGACAUUCCAGAAAAUGUCCACAUCAUUCUGAAGGGAUGCACUGUUAUUGUGAAGUGCCCCAGAGGAACCCUGGGAAGGGACUUCAGUCACAUCAAUGUAGAACUCAGUCUUCCUGGAAAGAAAAAGAAGAGGCUCCAAGUUGACAAAUGGUGGGGAAAUAGAAAAGAACCGGCUACCGUGUGCACUAUCUGUAGUCAUAUACAGAUCAUGGUCAAGGGUGUUACAUGGGGCUUCUGUUGCAAGAUGAGGUCUGUGUAUGCUCACUUCCCCAUCAAUGUUGUUAUCCAGGGGAAUGGUUCUCUUGUUGAAAUCCGAAAUUUCUUGGGUGAAAAAUACAUAUGCAGGGUUCAGAUGAGGCCAAGUGUUGCUUGUUUUGUAUAUCAAGCCCCGAAAGAGGGGUUAAUUCUUAAAGGAAAUGACAUUGAACUUGUAUCACAUUCAGCUGCUUUGAUUCAGCAAGCCACAACAGUUAAAAUCAAGGAUAUCAGAAAGCUUUUGGAUAGUAUCUGUGUUUCUGAAAAAGGAACAGUUCACAGGUUGAUGAAUAAGAUCUAAGUUGUCCAGCUACAGAAACAGAAAGGUGACAGAUGAUUUUUCAGACUUAUUUGUAAUAUUUUAAAGAUGCAAGAAAGGCUGUAUUAAUUUGGGGAAAAAGUAAAAUAAACAAAGAAACAUUCUCUCUCUUCUGGCCCCUAAAGCAUUGUUUCAUCAAAGUCUCACCCACUGAAUCAGUAUUUAUUGAAAACUCAACACUACGAGUGUUAGACAUCAUUGUAUAUUACAGUGACGAUGUGAAGAAACAUAAAAACACACCUUACCCUUGAUUAACUCUUGGUCUAAUUUGUGGUAAAAUAUGAUUGAUGUUAAUAUUAUAACCAAGAAUGGAGAGCUCUAGGAGAAAAGAGGAAAGAGGAGGGCAAGAACUAACUUGGCUACAAUGAAUCAGGAAAGUGAUCAUCAAGCAGACUGAGCACAUGUUCACGUUAGCGGCAUACAAUUUUAGAACCAAUAGGGAAUUUAGAGAUUAUCAAUCUGUAGAUUAGGUACAAAUUUAAAAGUUUCAAGUGUUCAGUACAAAGUGAAACUUAAUAUUGAUUUAUUCGACAAGUGAAUAUUGAGUACCAACUGGUCAGUAGAGGAGUAAGUUCUGAUGAUCUAAUGUAUCAUAUGGUGACUAUAUUGUAUAAAGGAAAUUUGCUAAGAGACUGGAACAGAAAUGUUCUCACAAAAAAAAAGUGAGAUGAUGUAUUUCUCAAUUACUUGUUGAAGAGAAUCAUCCUUUCAAAAUAUAUACCAUAUAACAAAGUAUCAUAUUGUGCAUUA